AUGAGCACAGAGCCUGGGAAGCGCCGGCGCACCCGCGACACGUGCGAGGUGGAAGUUGCAACGGGCCAAUCGUCAGAGGUGCUCGAGCCAGGCUCGGACAGGUUUUUUCUUGACUGGCGAGCGCAGCUCCAUGCAGAGUCCUUGGCAGAGUCAGAGUCUCCGGCAGAGUCUCCCGCGGCUCCACUGGUGGGGAUGGUUCCAUCGGUCCCGCCAAGGCUGGGGGCACUUGGAAUGUAUCACCGACUGCGUGGCGCAGCGCACGUUGCCGCCCCCAAGCGGUUUCCUGCUCCGUGCGUGCCAUGGACUCCGACACCGCCAGCGGCAUCCACUCCGUCCGCUGCUUCUGCAGGCGCCUCAAACGUGCCCACGAUGACGAUGGGCCCUUGCGGGUUGCAGCACUGUGCGAAAGCCUCAAGCAGGGCUGUUGCGGCUACUGCGACUCCUGAUCGUCUCGUGCGUGGCCGUGGGCAGCGCUUCGGCUCUCAGAGCUACUUGCGCUCCUGGGACCUCAACGAGCCGGGGCAGCGACUCGACCCGGAUCCCAUGUCACCCAAGCUCCUCAGAAUCCUGCAGGCGCUAGUGCCCUUUAAGUUGCCGGCUGACGACCCGGACAGCGAGUCUUGCGCUAUUUGCUACGACUCCAUGCACGGCGAGCUUGUGAGGCGGCUGCCAUGUAUGCACAUCUUUCAUGCAACGUGUAUAGCUCGAUGGCUCCGCAUCCGAACGUGCUGUCCACUGGACAAGUGGGACGUUGAGUCUGCGCUGCAAGCUGAAGAAAUAAGGCCACGUGAGCCGAGAGCAAGAGAAAAUAGAGAAGCGGAGACUAGCUCCCCGCUCUCAUCUCCAGACUCCUCUCCGUUAUACCAACCAAGCCGUUCACCGUCUCCGGGCUUGCGUGAACGUGACGAGCCCACCAGUGUGGUCGGGCAGCCGCUGCUUCUCAUAGAGUGA